GAAAGCAGAUCUUGAUGUGAAGGUUUUACCAAAGAGGAUUUGAUGCCCUGGCUCCCAAACAGGCUGGAAAUACGCACAGGCGCUCAGCCUGCAAGACUUUGCAUGAAAUAGCCGUUUCUCUCCUCUUGUGCCAACUAUUUAGGGUCCCGUAGAAGUAAAAGGUGUUCGCGCAAAGAGUGCUUUGAGACCGGGGGACUGCCUUGACAGACAGACAGACUGCUUCUUUUUUGCUGAGCUUAUCAGCCAACGUGGCUCCAUAUGGCAUUUUUUUCUCUUUGCUACAGAGGAUGCAGGGUGAAAAGCCCUGAGCAAGGCUUCCAGUUACCCGCCAAAGAAUGUUGGCAUGACCAUGAAGAUUAAAGCUGCCAUUUCAACUCAAGUGAAACCGUGCACACACUAACUGGCACCAGAAGGGACUGUUCCAUAAUUACAUAAAUUAGACCGAGUGUGCCCAGUGGAUAUUUGAAUCUCUGUCACUUCGCUCUAAAUAGCCAUGGCAGGGAGGACCUUUAAACAGUUCAAAUUGUUUUGGCGGGAACAGUGAGAGGUUUGGCCAGUGGCCUGUUCAGUGUGAGGUAAUGGUGACUGCUCUAGGAAGUAAGUGCAGGCCAAGCCCACUGAUAUGCAAAUGUCUCAUAGCAUUUAAUGUUUUGUCUUACAAUGCCUCAGGUCACUCUUGUGAGUCAAUGUAGACAGUCAGUUACAUGCCAGUCUACUCUUUCACGGUCUACCCAGCAUACUGUUUGCCUAAGCAGAGGUUCUUGUGAGUAAAUUCAGCUUGAUAAAUCCCACCUCCAAUCAGAGAAAAAAAAUUGUGACGCCAAAAUGGUUUUACAAAAGCCACAUGGUGCCCAUAUCAUAUGGGUUGGGCUGCUCGUUUGCUGCUUUGUAGAAAUAGGCGCUUGUUUAGAAUUUACAGGUGCUGAGGGGCAGUGGGCUCGGUUUCCCGUGUGGAAUGCGUGUUGCGAAAGUGAAAUGAGCUUCAACAUGAAAACAAAGAGUUCACACGGGCUGCUAGUUUACUUUGAUGAUGAGGGAUUUUGUGACUUUUUAGAACUUCUCAUACUGAACGGUAAACUCAGCCUUCGCUUCUCAAUCUUCUGUGCCGAGCCUGCCACCGUUGUGUCCGACACGGCGGUCAACGACAGCCAGUGGCACACGGUCACGAUAAGGAGAAACUUUAAGAACACAACCCUGAUGGUGGACAAUGAGAUAAAGUGGGUGGAAGUCAAGUCAAAAAGACGGGAUAUGACUGUUUUCAGCCCUUUGUUUGUUGGCGGAAUACCACCGGAAUUACGAUCCGUGGCGUUAAGAUUGACGUCGGCUGCCGUCAAGGAUCAGCUGCCUUUCACUGGAUGGAUAACCGAUGUGAAGGUCAACAACACGGAGUCUGUAAUGAUCAACGGUGACGGGGUCUUGAAGGACCUGUGUGGUACGGCCAACAUGUGCUUAAAUGGAGGAGUCUGCAGUUUAAUUAACGACGAGCCGACGUGUGACUGCUCUCAGACAGGCUACCAGGGAAAGGACUGCAGUGAAGAAGACAACCAAACUGAAGGUCUGGCACACCUGAUGAUGGGCGACCAAGGUAAAAGUAAAGGGCAGAGAGGGGAAACUUGGCUUGUAAGGUCCCUACUGAGCAUUCAAGGAAAAGAAGAGUAUGUCGCAACCUUCAAAGGAUCCGAGUUCUUCUGCUACGACUUGUCCUUGAACCCGAUUCAAAGCAGCAGUGAUGAAAUCACAUUGUCAUUCAAAACCCUGCAGAGGAAUGGACUGAUGCUGCACACGGGAAAAUCAGCUGAUUACGUCAACCUGGCACUGAAAAACGGGGCUGUCUCACUCGUCAUUAAUUUGGGGUCUGGAGCCUUUGAAGCUCUUGUGGAGCCAGUCAAUGGGAAAUUUAAUGACAAUGAUUGGCAUGAUGUCAAAGUAACAAGGAAUCUACGUCAGCACUCAGGCAUUGGACACGCUAUGGUUACAAUAUCCGUGGAUGGGAUUCUGACCACCACAGGGUAUACACAAGAAGACUACACCAUGCUAGGCUCUGACGACUUUUUCUAUGUUGGAGGGAGUCCGAGCACAGCCGACCUGCCUGGAUCUCCAGUUAGCAACAACUUCAUGGGCUGCCUCAAGGAGGUUGUGUACAAAAACAACGACGUGAGGCUUGAGCUGUCCAGGCUCGCCAAGCAGGGUGAUCCCAAGAUGAAGAUCCAUGGCACUGUGGCCUUCAAGUGCGAGAACGUGGCAACUCUAGACCCCAUCACGUUUGAGACGCCAGAGUCUUUUAUUGUCCUCAACAAGUGGAAUGCCAAGAAGACAGGCUCUAUCUCCUUUGACUUUCGCACCACGGAGCCCAACGGGCUUCUCCUUUUCAGCCACGGCAAGCCCAAGCAGCAACCCAAGGACUCCAAAAGUCCCCAAACCCUCAAGGUGGACUUUUUUGCCAUAGAGAUGCUGGACGGCCAUCUCUACUUGCUGCUGGACAUGGGUUCAGGAACGACAAAGACCAGGGCUGUCAACAAGAAAGUCAAUGAUGGCGAGUGGUACCAUGUUGACUUCCAGCGAGAUGGAAGAUCAGGUACCAUCUCUAUCAAUACCCUCCGCACUGCCUACACAGCCCCUGGAGAAAGUGAGAUCCUCGACUUGGAUGACAAUCUCUACCUCGGGGGUUUACCGGAGAACAAAAUGGGACUGGUGUUCCCCACUGAGGUGUGGACAGCAUUGCUCAACUACGGCUACGUGGGCUGCAUCCGAGAUCUGUUUAUUGACGGACAGAGUAAGGAUGUCCGACGCCUGGCCGAGGUCCAGAAAGCUGCUGGGGUCAAGCCCUCAUGCUCUAAAGAGCCUCCCAAACAGUGCUUGAGCAAUCCCUGCCAAAACAACGGGAUCUGUCGAGAGGGCUGGAACCGCUAUGUGUGCGACUGCUCUGGGACCGGAUACCUGGGACGCUCCUGUGAAAGAGAGGCAACUGUCCUCAGCUACGACGGCAGCAAGUUCAUGAAGGUCCAGCUGCCGGUGGUGAUGCACACAGAAGCUGAGGACGUGUCUCUCCGAUUCCGCUCCCAGCGGGCCUACGGCAUCCUGAUCGCCACCACGUCUCGUGACUCGGCCGACACCCUGCGUCUGGAGCUGGAGAGCGGCCGCGUUCGUCUGACUGUCAAUUUAGAUUGUAUCAGGAUUAACUGUACCUCCAGCAAAGGUCCAGAGACAAUUUUUGCGGGUCAGAAUCUGAACGAUAAUGAGUGGCACACAGUGCGCGUGUUCAGGAGGGGCAAGAGUUUGAAACUGACCGUAGACGAUAUUCCGCCUGUGGAAGGUCAAAUGGCAGGUGACCACACCCAACUGGAGUUCCAUAACAUUGAGACGGGCAUUGUGACAGAGAAGCGCUUCAUGUCCAUGGUGCCAUCCAACUUCAUUGGCCACCUCCAGAGCCUCUCCUUCAAUGGCAUGGCCUACAUAGACCUCUGUAAAAAUGGUGACAUUGAUUACUGUGAACUCAAUGCCAUGAUUGGAUUCAAGAACAUCAUUGCUGACCCCGUCACCUUCAAGUCGCGUUCCAGCUAUGUGACCCUCACCACUCUGCAGGCCUACUACUCCAUGCACCUUUUCUUUCAGUUCAAAACCACCUCCUCUGACGGCCUCAUCCUGUUUAACAGCGGGGAUGGGAACGACUUCAUAGUGGUGGAGUUGGUCAAAGGCUACCUGCAUUAUGUAUCUGACCUGGGAAACGGAGCCCACUUGAUAAAAGGCAACUCAAACAAACCCCUGAAUGACAACCACUGGCACAACGUCAUCAUCUCCAGAGACACCAACAGCCUCCACACAGUGAAGAUCGACACCAAGAUCACCACGCAGACAACCACAGGAGCCAAAAACCUGGACCUGAAGGGUAACCUCUAUAUUGGUGGAGUGGCUAAAGAGAUGUACAAGGAGCUUCCCAAAUUGGUGCAUGCCAAGGAGGGUUUUCAAGGUUGUCUGGCAUCGGUGGAUCUGAACGGGCGGCUUCCAGACUUAAUGUCAGACGCUCUGGACUGUGUGGGACAGAUAGAGAGAGGAUGUGAAGGCCCGAGCACAACAUGCCAAGAAGACUCCUGUGCCAACCAGGGUGUGUGUCUCCAGCAGUGGGAAGGCUUCAGCUGUGACUGCAGCAUGACGACAUUCGGAGGACCACUGUGCAAUGACGCGGGAACAACAUACAUAUUUGGGCGAGAUGGUGGACUGAUUACAUACACAUGGCCGCCAAAUGACCGUCCGAGCACGAGGGCGGACCGACUAGCCAUCGGCUUCAGCACACACCUGAAGGACGCUGUCCUGGUGAGGGUGGACAGCUCCUCCGGUCUCGGAGACUUCUUGAAGCUCCACAUUGAAAAAGGAAACAUUGCUGUUGUAUUUAAUGUCGGAACAGACGACAUUAACAUUGAGGAGACAUCUAAGUUUGUAAAUGACGGAAAGUACCAUAUAGUGAAGUUUACGAGGAGUGGGGGUAAUGCCACUCUGCAGGUGGAUGACCUGCCUGUCAUUGAGCGCUACCCCACAGGCAACAUUGAUAACGAACGCCUGGCGAUUGCUAGACAGCGAAUCCCAUACCGACUUGGUCGAGUAGUUGACGAAUGGCUACUCGACAAAGGGCGACAACUUACGAUCUUCAACAGCCAAACCACUAUACAGAUUGGGGGCUGGGAGCGAGAUCGGAGUCGAUCCUUUCAGGGCCAGCUUUCGGGCCUCUACUAUAAUGGCCUGAAGGUGUUCAACAUGGCUGCAGAGGGGGAUCCCAAUAUAAGGAUCCAGGGCAGCGUGCGACUUGUGGGGGAGUCGCCCUCCUCAAUCACACCACAGUCCAGCACCACAGCCAAUCGCUCAGAAACAUCCACGUCCAUUAUGGAAAUCACCACCACCACAGCGUCCAGCCGGAGAGUCAAGCAGACGACGCCACGAGAGCCUCAGCAGACAACCGACGACUUGCUGGUGGCAUCGGCCGAGUGUCCAAGCGAUGACGAGGACAUUGAUCCCUGUGAGCCGAGCUCAGGUGGGUUAGCCAACCCCACUGGUGCCGGACCGAAGGGCUACCCGGACACGUCGGAGGUCUUCAGGGAAUCCAGCAGCACGACGGGGAUGGUGGUUGGCAUCGUGGCAGCAGCGGCGCUGUGCAUCCUCAUCCUGCUCUACGCCAUGUACAAAUACCGGAACAGAGACGAGGGUUCGUACCACGUAGACGAAAGUCGCAACUACAUCAGCAACUCAGCACAAUCCAACGGCACCGUCGUCAAAGAAAAACCAGUCAACACCGCAAAGACCUCAAGCAAGAGCAAGAAGAACAAGGACAAGGAGUACUACGUGUGAGCGUCACAAACUCUGGUCUUUGCCGGACCGACUGAAACAUUUAUCAAAAAGACAAAUCAGGACAUGAAGAUGUGUACAGUAUAAUAACAAAGAUGAACAUUAUUUAGUCAUGUUUUUCCUAUAAGACAAUGCUCUGAAAAAUGAAUCAAAAAUGAGAAAAAUAACUUUCAAGCUCGCAAGGCAGAAAAGAUGUACUAUCCACAGAGCGGCUGUUUGAAGAAUGGCUCUGGCAAACAGUUAAAAAUGAAUAAAAUACAUAUCUCACAUGUCAAAAAAGUAACAUUAAUCCAUCUGUGACUUGUUCUUUGGUCGGCAUCAGACGACCGAGCUCCCUUGUUUCUGUUAAGCGGAGGAGCACAGAUGCACUUUGAAUGGAGAUUCAGCAUUACAAACUCAGCAUUUCCAUUUACAUCGCCUGUGCUUGUGUUGUUGAAACUUUUUUUCUAACGAAAGUAGCACAAUGCAUAAACAUUACACGCGCCAAACAUCGUACCGAGGAUGAAGAUCCAGAGAGGAAAAAAAAAAAAGAUCCCAGAUGGAUGUCAGCCAAAGUAACUCACCGGGGAGGCAGAGGCAACCGGCAAAGACUAAUACCUGGCUGGCCGAGCCACAGCGGAGCAAAGACGAACAGAGGAUAGUGGUUCCCUUAAAAGACUACGAUUUAGAAGAAUAUGUCAAUUGUGCCAGUAAGACAACUGGAGGCCUUCGUUUUCGCUUUGUAUGAACUCAAAGGAGAACGUUUCCUCAGAGUCCUGGGAAGGUCUCAGUCAUGACUAUUCGGGAGCCAUGCACGCAAAAUUAUCUUAUUACAGUACAUAUGUUUAUAUACAGUACAACCACAUCUAUAUGUGCUUUCUGGACUGUGACUAAGUGGUGUUUUAUAGCCUGUUGUAUAGAUGAUGCAAACUAUAACUGCUCCUCAGCCAUUUUGGAAUAAAACGGAAAAAAAAAGGACAAAAAGAAGACAUAAGUGUUAUUAAGUGUUGCUAGACAUAGAAGAUUUUAUGAGGACAUUUGCAUUUUUUUUUUUCAGUUGGAAAAUAAUUUGAAUCUCCCCUGUUUUUACAUGUGUUCCUAUAGUUUUUUAUACAAAUGCCAACCUGAGAUAGAUGAUCCCCCGACCAGUAACAGCCAAACCGAUCCCGAAAAACUGCACAAGGCUUUGAGGGCUGACAAGCACCCCCUUACGGACCUGUGCGGCUCUCUUUCAAGGAUACUGGUAGAAUCACUGCCUUCCUCCUCAGUCCAGACGUAAAUGAGUGAGAAUGAAGACCAAGAAUAUGAGCGACGAUGAUGAUGAUGAUGAUGAUGAGCGAUGACGAUGAUAAAGAUAAGUUAACUCGCUGUGUGUGUUUUUCCAAGUGGUAUUAUAAGGUUGUCAAAAUGUGUGCUUCGGCCGACGCAAAACCCGAGGAGAAAAGCUCAAAUAAGUCUCCAUUUCAACUGUUCUGUGUUUGUUCUGUCAUUCUGUCAGUCAAUUCUGCUUUCCAGAGACCUGUACUUGCAAUGAGUAUGAGGAAAAAUGACCAUGAACUAUAAAUGAUGAUUAUACAUUCUCUUGUUUGUUCUUUCCUCUUUAAUUUCCUCUCCAAGUAUUUCAUCUUCAAUUGUUUUCUUUUGCACUUCC